AUCAGCAACCGCGUUUACUCAAAUUGAUCAUAGGAUCCACAUCAAGAUGCAGGAUGAGAUUAUCUUGAUGCAAAACCCAGCAACAGAUUUGUGCCAAAUUUUGCCUAUCUACCAUUGUUUCUCCUGUAGAACGAGUUGUGCCAGAAUUAAUCCAAAUUUAGAGACAGCAUCAUCCGCUCCAGAUUAUCCAGAAUGGCAAAGCUAUUUCGGAAUUGGGAGGGAAGGAGAAAAUCACUCUUGCCCAUCAAAAACCUUUGGAGAACUGCUGAUCUCCUUUGUAAGGAUCCCUUCUUUAUAAAGCUUCUAAGCUCAAAAGUCUCUCAACAGGUUUUUGGACAUCCCCCCCAUCAGAAAAAGAAAGCUGCAAAGAUGAAUUCCAAGGCUUUUGCUUGCCUCUUCUUUGCGGUUUUCAUCUUCUCUUCCUCAGCCGCCAGCGCCUUCAACAUCACCAAGCUCCUCAGCCGGUACCCGGAUUUUAGCACUUUCAAUGACUUUCUAACCCAAACCAAGCUCUACGAACAAAUCAACCGCAGGCAGACCAUCACGGUCCUCGCCCUUGAUAACUCGGCUGUUGGCGAUAUUUCGGGGAAGCCCGCGGAUGUCCUCAAGAGUAUCCUGAGCGCACACGUUGUUCUCGACUACUAUGAUAUUGAGAAGCUCACAGACCUGUCGAAGAAAUCUACCCUGCUCACCACUUUGUACCAAUCCAGCGGAACCGCCCAGAACCAGCAAGGGUUCUUGAACGUGACCAAACAGAGUGGAGAGAUCGUGUUUGGGUCCGCGGUGAAAGGAGCGAGCCACAAUGCCAAGCUUGUGAAGGCCGUGGCUGCUCAGCCCUAUAACAUCUCGGUCCUUCAGGUUAGCUCACCGAUAAUUGCACCAGGAAUCGAUGCUUCCAACCCAAAUGGAACUGUCCAUAAUGCCACCACGCCGUCUGCUUCACCGGCGGCAACGCCCAAGAAGGCCCCCGCCUCAAGCCCCGCCAAGUCCCCAGUUGCAGAUACACCCGAUUCAUCGGAAGCUCCAGCUGCAGAUUCUCCUGCCGAUGCACCGGAGGCAGAUGCACCGGAAGCAAGCGCACCGGAAGCAGACGCACCGACCAGCUCUCCCCCAGCACCUUCGGAUGCCGAUGCAGAUGCACCAGCUCCCGGGAAAUCUUCGAGCUCUCGCGUAACUCUGCCCGUUGGUGCGGGCAUCGUGAUGGGUUUGUUGUCAGCGAUGGUGGCGUAAAUUUGUAGCCCGGUGCCAUUAAUCUUUUUCGAACUCAAAUGGAUACGAUAUAGCUCUUUACUAGUCUAAUUGCAGCAGAAUCCAUCAUUCGCACA